UCCACAGGGAGCAAGAAGAGCCCCAGGAGGAGACCGAGGAGGCUGCGGCACAUCCGUCUGCUUCCAGCUGGGACAGAGAACGCUCCCCUGGGCAGCCAAGGCGAGCCCCGAAGAGGAGGGCCGGCAGAUCCGAGGCUUCUACUCCAGCCAAGAAGAGGCCGCCCCACGGGCAGCGCUAGAGGAAUGCCCCAGGCGCUGCUGAAAGCAGGGCUGGGCCAGCAGCUGGGGCGUGCGCUGGCCCUCGAGGAUUCCCGGCCUUCUAAUUCUACUUAGCAGGGCAGUAAAACAAAAUAAAGAACUGAAGACCACAGAAAAACUGUCGGUGUUAUUAACAUGUGGCAUUGCUAUCUCAGCCCAGCUGUUUUCUUCCUCUUUUGCUGGGACUAUGACCAGGGUUUACUGCUGUUGUCCUUAGCAGAGGACCAUGGGUCUUCUUCCUCUGGUCUUGCACAGCCUUGUUGCCCUGCUUUGACUAUGAUGGGGCCCUCUCCUCUCCUCGCCUCGCCUCGACCUCUCCUCCUCCUCUCCACCUACUCUCCACCUCCUCUCCUCCACUCUUCCUCUCCUCCACUCUUCCUCUCCUCCUCUCCUCCUCCUCUCCUUUAAUUUUCUUCAUUUUCUAUCAUUUUCUUCUGGAAUAUCAUGAGUUUCUUGAUGCAUCCUGCCCUUGUGUUGUUUCAAGAAGAGCAGAUAAUCUAAGUGUCAAGGGUUGUUUUCUUCAAAAAUACUCCAUAGCAUGCAUUUUCCGGGCAGCUUUAGACUGAUGCUGAAAACUUGUGAUUUAAGAAUUUUGUGUUGUAGCAUAUCAUUUUGGUUCAUUUCUAUCUGAGUAGCACAAAAAAAGCCUGUUCAAGGUAGGUUCUGAUAGUUUUCAAGAAUUGUCUGGACUUUUUGUCAAGACCUUUGUCACCAAUUGCCAAACCUACAGCUCCAGGAAGGCCUGAUUCUUUAGCUUCAUUGUAGGAAAUAACUUCUUGACUUGGUGUGCCUCUGACUUUCAUUGGGGAGGAUUUAUGCACACUGAACCUAUGAUAAGCUUAAUUUGAGUCCUUGGAAAUAAAAAUACCUUGCCUUUACAGAUUCCGGACUGAGCACUUGUUAAUUUCUUCAUAACUGCUAGAAGAGUUCAUUCCUUAAUCCUUUAGUUGCCUCCACAGUCAUACUGAUUAUGGACAUGGCAUCAGAAAGCUGCUGAAACAAAAUAACCCUUCUGACAUUGGAACUUACGGAAGCUGUUUCAUUUUUGGAAACCUCUGCUUUAUUUCCCACUGGCAAUGCUUUCUCUUCCAGGUCUUCAGCGAGCAUCUCUGCAAGAGCUUGUGAGUGUUGUGCCCUGGAUUCCGGUCACUCAGGUCCCAAAGACUUCCAGCCUCAAGUAGCCCAGCUUUUCUCUGGGCCACUCACUCUGGUGCUUAAUCAUCUUCACAGGGGUUUUGGUUUUGAUUCUCUGUUCUAUUUCCAGAGUUGUCAACCUCUCUCGCCCUCCCGCCAGGCAGUGCUGGGAAGAGCCUGUCCCAAUCCCCUUGAUGCCUUUCCCACGGGCACCAGGCUGUGCCCUGAGGUGCCCCAAGGCCUUCUCUGCGCCAUGGCGGAACAACCCCACAGACCCUCCUUGCGUCCCCUGAACCCCUCUGCUUUGUCGACUUCCCUCCUCUCCAGGACAACAAAUGGGAUGUAGUGCCUGGAUGAGGCCUGAGGACUGCUGAGCAGAGGGGGAUCACCCUUGUGCCCUCUGGCCGGGGGAGAAAGAUAGCAGAAAGCUGUGACAGUGAGACAAGUGCUGCCUGUGACCCAGCGUGGGAGGAAGCAGGGGGGCCCAGAAGGCUGGCCAGCAGUGCUGGAGUGUGGGGAGAGCCUGCGGGACUCUGUCCUGUAGCCACCAAGGGAGGCACAAAGAGUGGGCCAUGGCGUUGCAGAAAUGCCAGAUGCAUGUGCUGGGGCUGCAGCGCUGCCAGGCCGAGCUUCAUGGGUGAGGGUAGCUCAUUGUGACGUCCCCGAGCAAUGGACUGUGACAUCCUGGAACACUGGAUUGUGACCAUGCCUCCCUCACUGCUCAUAUCUGGGUGCUGAGUCUCACCCAGCCAGUUGGUGCCCGCACUCCAGCUGAGCGACUUCGCGAGGUUCGGAGCGUUGAGCGAGGCCUUCGGUGCUGGUGCUGUGCUCAGAGAGUUGUUUGUUGCAGCUUUCAGUGCCCAAGCCCAGAGCCACCAGAGGAUUUUCCCCGACCCUGCCAGGUUCAGGCAGCCGGGGCACUCAGGAGGCGCGCUCGCAGCAGCAGAGCGUGACGCCCACUGCCGCAGCACCCGUGAGAGGGAGCAACUCGACAUCCCCAGCUCCCUGCAACCCACCGCAGCUCGUGGAGAGCAUGGCCAUGGAGAUGGACAACUUCUGUCCAGUCUGCCAGGACAGCUGGGAGGAGGCCAGCUACGUGACACCAUGCCUCCACCGGUUCUGCUACCCCUGCAUCUUGCAGUGGGCUGAAAGCAAGCCCGAGUGCCCCCUCUGCAAGAGGCGGAUCCUCUCCAUCGUGCACUCGGUGCGGGCGGACGACGACUUUGAGGAGCACGUCAUCACACCACCUGCGGUGCCGUCGGUCGCCAGCCGCCAGGCAGGAGAUCCCAGCCGUCCAGCUGCCCACAGCCGCCGUGGCCCUGCAGCAGCACAGGCAGCGCAGCCCGUGGGACUGGUGCAGGGGGCUCCUCUGCGUGGCCUCCGGCCCAGCACCUGGGCAUCCCUUUUCCGGGACCACCCAGCCCUCCUCCAGCCCCUGCUGAGCUGGGCGCGACAGGAGCUGGGGCUGAUCUUUGGGAGCCGGCGUUCGCGGGCAGGCCUAGUGGAGGAGCUCCUCGCAUCCCUCCUGGUCCUUUUUGGGCUGGACGAAGACCUACUGGUCCAGCUUUUGGCAGCCACCCUGGAAAACCAUGCAGCGACGUUUGUGCACCGGCUUAUUGACGUCGCUGUGCAAUGGUGCAGCGGGGAGGCCCGCCGCCUGCUGGGCCUGGAGGACGGCCAUGCUGCCGGUGGGCGGGAGGGCAGCCCCGUGGCUGCCCCCAGCCCCUCUGCAUCGCGAGGAGGGUCUCCCGCACCUGGCCCGGCCCCCUCCAGAAGCCCUGAGAGAACCAACAUGGACGACCUCCCCAGCACCUCAACAGCUGCCCUUAGUGGGGGUCCCAGCAGCCCACCCCUUGGCGCUGGUCCUGUCCACAGGGAGCAAGAAGAGCCCCAGGAGGAGACCGAGGAGGCUGCGGCACAUCCGUCUGCUUCCAGCUGGGACAGAGAACGCUCCCCUGGGCAGCCAAGGCGAGCCCCGAAGAGGAGGGCCGGCAGAUCCGAGGCUUCUACUCCAGCCAAGAAGAGGCCGCCCCACGGGCAGCGCUAGAGGAAUGCCCCAGGCGCUGCUGAAAGCAGGGCUGGGCCAGCAGCUGGGGCGUGCGCUGGCCCUCGAGGAUUCCCGGCCUUCUAAUUCUACUUAGCAGGGCAGUAAAACAAAAUAAAGAACUGAAGACCACAGAAAAACUGUCGGUGUUAUUAACAUGUGGCAUUGCUAUCUCAGCCCAGCUGUUUUCUUCCUCUUUUGCUGGGACUAUGACCAGGGUUUACUGCUGUUGUCCUUAGCAGAGGACCAUGGGUCUUCUUCCUCUGGUCUUGCACAGCCUUGUUGCCCUGCUUUGACUAUGAUGGGGCCCUCUCCUCUCCUCGCCUUGCCUCGACCUCUCCUCCUCCUCUCCACCUACUCUCCGCCUCCUCUCCUCCACUCUUCCUCUCCUCCUCUCCUCCUCCUCUCCUAUAAUUUUCUUCAUUUUCUAUCAUUUUCUCCUGGAAUAUCAUGAGUUUCUUGAUGCAUCCUGCCCUUAUGUUGUUUCAAGAAGAGCAGAUAAUCUAAGUGUCA